CAUUUCUUCACCCUUCUUUCCCUGGUUCCAGAACCUUCCAUCGUCCGCCCGCCCCCGCAAGCCGACGCCCGGUCUGGAACUUUCCAUCACGAAACGGCGACGCUUCCCGUUUCCCUUCUCCCAUCUCCGCCCCUUUUACAGCCGUACGCCCCUCGAUCCGUGUUCUUCUCCUUCGUCACGGCUCUCCUCGACCCAAUCCGAGUCCCUUCGGAGUCGCACAAAGUAGAAUAUUUCGCCCAGCUCCACUGUUCCCCCUUUCAGCGAUCCCUCUCAUUCCAAUCACAACUGCUGUUACCGUUGUGGUAGUUGGUUUCCGCUUUCUUCUCCCCUCGACUUCCUCUCCCAGCUGCCGUUUCUUCUUCCUUGGUGCUCUUUGGCUUCGAUUUGGAAUUAGACCCUCGGUUUCUACUUGUGAUCUGGUAUGAUGAUUGUUUCCUCUGGUCUGGAAUGACUCCAAUUCCGAAUUUCCGUAGAAACGCGGCUCUAUCUCGUCAUCUAGACCCCGUUUCUGGAAUCAAAAUCCCAGAUUUAUCUGUUUGGUUGAAUCAAAAUUUCAACUUUGUCUAUUGUAAUCUCUCCUCCGUCCAUGAAGCCUCUUCGAAGUUGCUGUUUCUUCUGUUCUGUGUUCUUUGCUUUAAUUCCAGAUUUCCACUGAAAUCCAGUUCCAUUUCGCCAGUUAGAUCGCUUCCUUGAUAUCAAAAUUCGAACUUUAUUUGUUUGAUUGGAUCAGAAUAUCAACUGUUUUGAUGAAUCCGGUCUUAAAUCCAGCGAAAGAGGAGUAUCCAGGAGGGGGUUCGUCUGGUUGUGAUGAUAGCAUAUUUGCUCCUCCGAGCCCUAUGGAGGGGCUGCAUGAUACGGGGCCGCCGCCGUUCCUCACCAAGACAUAUGACAUGGUUGAUGACCCAACUACCGAUCGGGUGGUCUCGUGGAGCCAGACGAACAAUAGCUUCGUGGUCUGGGAUCCCCACACCUUCGCGACAUCUCUGCUUCCGAGAUACUUCAAGCACAACAACUUCUCCAGCUUUGUCAGGCAGCUGAACACAUAUGGCUUCAGAAAGGUGGAUCCAGAUAGAUGGGAAUUUGCUAAUGAGGGAUUCCUCAGAGGCCAGAAGCAUCUCCUUAAGACCAUAAAAAGGAGAAAGCCACCUUCUCAUCCUCCAUCACAACAACAAACCCUUGGUUCAUAUCUCGAGGUUGGACAAUUCGGGUUGGAAGGAGAAAUCAACAGGUUAAAGCGUGAUAAGCAAUUGUUAGUGGCAGAACUGGUAAAGCUAAGUCAGGAGCAGCAGAACACCAAAGAGCAUCUUAAAGCCAUGGAAGAGAGGAUACAAGGGACGGAACAGAAACAGCAGCAGAUGAUGGCAUUCUUAGCUCGAGUUAUGCGGAACCCCAACUUCCUGCAGCAAUUGGUCCACGAGAAUGAGAGGCGAAGGGAGCUUGAGGAAGCCAUUUCUAAGAAAAGAAGAAGAUCAAUAGAUAGAGCACCUGAGCAUGAUGACAUGGGAACGAGUGGAAAUCAGGAACUUGAGAUGCCAAUUAAGAUUGAAGUCCUAGAAUCAUCGCAAGACCUUAACCAGGAUGAUGUCUCAGAUUUUGAGAGUAUGGCAAAGGAGAUUCAGGGAGGGGCAAGAAGCGGCAUGGAGAGCUCAGAACACUCAGAGCAACAAGAAGACAAGUCAGACGGAGAGCUGAAUGAUGAUUUUUGGGAGGAGUUGCUGAAUGAAGGGCUUGCUGAUGAGAAAGGCAGGUCUGAUAUUGAUGCACGAAACAAUGGGGAUGUGAAUGGCUUGGCUGAGAGAUUGGGUUUUCUGAAUUCAAGCAGUCCAAAAUAGAUAGUUUAACCUAUAAGAUGAGGAUUCUCAGCCUCUUACUGGCUCAGUAGCAUUUGAUUAAAUUGAGCCUCAUUGCUUAUUCAUAUGUGAUGAUAUAUUUUCCACUGGUGACAUGGCUUCCUACUAUCGUAACCUACAUGAAAGUAAUGUUCCUUGAUUUUUGACUGGAUAAUUUGGAUAAUUGGUGGAAUAGGCCAAAACAGGAGGAAAUCAAAGGCAUCAUAUUCUUUGAGCUGCCCUAUUGUCCAGUAGUGUAUUAUGUAGGUCCUCCCUCCAUCAUUUAUAUCCUCACUGUUCCUUGUGCUUCUUCAAUUUUCCUCUCCGCAGAAUGAGAGAAUUUGAAAGCCAGUUUUCUCAGGGAGCUUCAGAGACUAUUGUUCUGCAUGUGACGUAGUAAAUCUCACCAAUCAAGAAUAUACCAGAUGGUGGAGCUGGUAACGCUUCUUCAAGAGGAUGAUUGCAAGAGACUGCAAAGCCCUCUGCCACGCUGACUUCUUGAUUUCUCUCAGUAUGGGGCUUCAGAAGGUUCAGUUGCGGCCAUCUGGCAGUGAUGCAAUCUCAAAUUAGGGGCUAUGAUCAGGCAACUACUCUGUAAAUGCUUUUAGCUGUGGUUGUAUUAUAAACAUUGUUUUGUGUAGUUUGAGUUGGUAGUAGUGUAAAGAAGGAUGGCUAAUGUACAUGUUAUAUCACUUUAUUCCUUAUACUUUUUGUAGUGCAAAUUUAUCAGUACAGUAUUAUUAUUAUCACAUGUUUCAUGUAUUUCUUUCCUAGACAAUUUUAUCUGUAAAGGAAAAAAAGGUUGUGCAAA